AUGAAUUCAAUAAUGGGCAAUGAUAAAGAAGUAGUGGAGCUGAUAGAUAAUUUUUUCUUUAAAUCCACUCUACUGAUAUGCUCAACAAAAUCGAAUAAAUUGCAGACUCCCCUAGAUGAAGUUCCACAUUUCGAUGAGGAGUGGUUCUUGAAGGGAACCGAUGAGGAGUUAGAACUACCUGAAAUAAUCAAACAGUGGUCGAAUUUCGAUGGUGCAAGGGAACUACCGCCUCUUGUCAUUGAAACCUAUCUGGAUUUACGGAAUUUAGGCCCACAGGAUAGUGUUCAUUUGAAGGAUGAAGAAGGAAAUUCAUGGAGUGUCUGCAGAGGUUCAAAGAAAAGCGAAAUAGUUUUGGAACGAUGGCUGAUAGAACUCGAUUCUCUUUCUGCCGCCUUCAAGAGUCAUAAAGUUUCAGAAGAAGAGUCUAACAGUUUAUCGAGACAAUUUGUUUUACUUUUUCGUUAUCUAUACACUUUGACGCAAUUGCUACCUGCCAACGAUCUCUAUUUAUCGCUCUCAAAGAAUGUCGUGUCCCAUGGUACACUGCCUUUGAUUAGUGUGUCCACUAGGAUUCUUGAUGGAUCCAAACCGAUUUUGUCAAAGGGAAGAAUCGGUUUGAGUAAACCAAUAAUCAGUGCCUAUUCCAAUGUUAUCAAUGAAUCAAAUGUCCCUUCGCAUUUGGAGCAAAGGAAGAUUACUCCAGUGUGGACCAAAUAUGGGUUAUUAAGAGUUUCCGUCUCUUAUAGACGCGAUUGCCACUUUGAAGUUCACCACGAUAACGAAGAAGAGGCGAAUAUAGCGACAACGACAACGACUGCGGGGACUCCGGCAGCGAGAAGACCCUCGCAAAAUCAACAACAAUCAGUAUCAUUGUCCCCCCAUGGACACGCUGGAUCGUUAAAUUCCAUGGAACAACAAUCUUUGCCCAGAAAACCGUUGUCCAUCACUAGGCAAUUACAACCUUUUAAAGUGGGGUCAGUAGGAAGUGCACCAAUUCCACAACCUCAUGCACUAACUAGAAAUCCAUCGAGUUCGUCGUCUAUAUUGGCUAAUUUACAAGCUCAAAGGUCAACUAACAGUUCAAUGUGGGGGCCUACUCAACAACAGAUAACACCUCAUGGCGGCGACCUUCACGUUGAAAGCACAAGUGCUGGUAGUACAUCCAAAUAUUCUUCCUCAUUUGAUAGGUUACGUCGUCAUUCAAGUGUGAAAUAUAAUGAUUUGCCUGGGGAAAGACCUCUGAAACCUGCUAAAAUGCCAUCAGAUUCACAACCAACUGAAGAUUUAUUAGAUUUUGUCAAAAUGAUGAACGAUAGACCCGAGUUGAACAUCAGAAGAAGUCCUCGAGCCAGUGUGGAUAUUUCAAAUUCAUUGAUGAAGUUUCAAAAUUUAAAACCUACAAAUGAUAUAAUUAGUGAAAAUUUGAAUUUAUCGUUAUCGUUAGAUCCAAGUCAUACAUUUCAAUCCCAUUCGCACAGAUCCAAUUCUCACUCACCAUUGCCAUCAUAUUCACCAAAUUUCAAUUAUCCGUUGAUUCCAUCAAAAUUUUCUCAACCACGCUCUUUAUCCCAUGAUGGUGAUAGCGUUAUGGGGGUAGUCACUAGUAGACGUAAUUCCUCAGAUGUUCUCUCAAAGAAUGGUGCAUCGAAUCGUACCCGUAAUAAUAGCGUUUCUAGCAGUCGCAGACCUAGUGAAUCUGAAAGGGGUACAACAACUCCUUCUUUCACGCCUGGCUCUGAUUUUAAUCAUGAAAAUUGCCCUAGGUCUAAUUAUCAAAGGGAAGAAAGUAUAGAAGACGAAGACGAAGAAGGUCUUUUGGUGAAUAGAAGUGGCGGUUCAAGCGCAACGAGAAUUAAAUCCAUGGAUAGUAUAUCCACCUCGAUUUCCAAGAACAGGUUACCGAUCCGGCAACCUUCCAAUUAUUCACAACCGACAACAACAGCGGUUCCUGCAUAUGCAAAACUACAUAGACCGGGUGCCAGGUCCGCAGAACAACAGAGGGAAGAGUCCAGUAGAAAAUUGGAGAACUCUAUUACUACGACAGCUUCAACCCCAAAUCCAGCUACAACCGACGACAGCUCACCUCAUGGUGAAGACAACGAUGAUGAGGAUUUACUCUUCUUUAUGAGUGAUAUGAAUCUUUCAAAAAUGUAA